UCUGUUACAGAGGAAGCCCAGCCCAGCACCCAGCCAGAGGCGGGCUUCCGUCGUCCCCCUCCCAUAACAAACCCGUCCUCUCACCGGACGUCUGUCACCACCCGGCACGGCGGCUCCCCACCAGCGCUCUCCGUUAUACAGCGGGGGACACCGGAGAGGCGGGAAAGCCGCUGAGAUCUGUUCUGCCAAAAUGCUUCGGGAGGAGUUGGAAGAAUAUGUGGCGGUGAGCCGGGAGCUUGUCAAGGUCGUGGUUUCUGACAGCGCAGUUGCGGAUUUAACGAAGAGCGUGGACUGCCAGGAAGACAUGAUCAACUCGCUUGUAGGCACAGAACUGCAGACCUUGGAUCUCAUUAGAGAUCUUAUGUCAGUAGAAGAAAAAGUUGCACAUACCGUUCUUGCAGCAGAAGAGACCAAGCAAAAAGUGUCAUCCAGACUUCAUAAGAUUGAGCGGGAGAUACAGGAAGUUUGUGAGAAAAAUGCAUCGGUGGAAACAGACAAAAAAUUCUUGCAAAAGGAGGUGGAAGACUUGAAGCUCCUAGAAGAUGAAACUGAAGAGAUAGAGAGAGAAGCUCAGGAAGAUACGACUGUAGUCAUCCCCUCAGCCUUGUACACGGCAAAACUGUUCCAUUCUGUAUCCAAGAUUGAUUGGGAUUACAGCUGUGACUCAACACUCAUCAAAGGCAUCCACUAUGGAGGAGAGAUCGCUCAACCCCUCUGCAUUGACAGCACCCAGCACUCAAAGAUUUUCAUCUCCGAUUACCUAUGGAGCCUUCUGUCCACUGAUUGGUGACCGAGCCUGCGUGGGGCGAGGACGUUUUUAUAUAGCAUUCCAGCAUGACAAGUGUAGAUGUUGGAAUGUGAUUUAAGUAUUCACAUGCUUUUGUAUGAUACAUUUUCUAUACACGUCCUUAAAUUUUGUAUACCUGUA